AAUAGAAGAGGAUCUUAUAUCUCUUUUGAUCAUGAAGCUGAGUAUCUUAUCUUCUUUCAAAGGUUUCUUGCUGCCUUAUCUUUUGGUUUUUGUGCUACUCAACAGUGUAGAAGCUUUGGUAAAGCUACCGCCGAAUCUAACGGUUCCGGCUGUCAUCGCCUUUGGGGAUUCGAUCGUCGACGCUGGAAACAACAACAAUCUCCGGACUCUGGUUAAGUGCAACUUCCCCCCCUACGGCAAAGAUUUUCAUGGGGGAGUUCCAACAGGAAGGUUUUGUAAUGGAAAAAUCCCUUCGGAUUUAGUAGCUGAAGAACUGGGAAUUAAAGAAACAGUGCCGGCGUAUCUGGAUCCAACACUGACGCCCCAAGAUCUCAAAACAGGAGUAACCUUUGCUUCCGGCGGCGCUGGUUAUGAUCCUUUGACUUCCAAACUUGUGUCCGUUAUACCGUUAUCGGAGCAGUUAGAUCACUUCAGAGAAUAUAUUUGGAAGCUGAGAAGCUAUGUCGGGGAAGAGGAAACAACCUUCAUCUUGUCCAAGAGUUUGUUUCUAGUUGUAGCCGGCAGCGACGACAUCGCCAACACAUAUUUCCUUCUCCGAGUCCGGAAGUUACAAUACGAUGUUCCUUCUUACACUGAUUUAAUGGCUAACUCGGCGCUCGACUUUCUUAAGGAAUUGUAUGGUUUGGGAGCUCGAAGGAUUGGGGUGUUUAGUGCACCACCAAUCGGGUGUUUGCCAUCGCUAAGGAGUUUAGCAGCAGGGAUUGGAAUGGGAUGUGCUGAAGAUGACAACUUUGCAGCUAAAUUAUUCAACGAAAAGCUAUACGCCGUGGUGGACUCCCUUCAAGCAAACCAGUCGGACGGAAAAUUUGUGUAUAUCGACGUCUACAAUCCACUGCUUGAAAUACUCCAAAACCCUAACAAAUAUGGUUUUGAAGUUGCAAACAGAGGUUGCUGUGGGACGGGGAACGUAGAGGUGGCGGUUUUGUGCAAUCAAAUGAUUGAAUCAACGUGUGGAAAUGCCUCUGAAUAUGUGUUUUGGGAUAGUUAUCAUCCAACGGAGAAGGCAUACAGAGCCUUGGUACGCCCAUUGCUGCAGAAAUAUGUGACCAAGUUCCUCUAA